AUGAAAGCAAUCACCCUCUACUCCCAUGCAAUCGGCCCAAACCCGUGGAAAGUGGCCAUUGUUCUCUCAUCUCUUGGCCUUCCCUACGAGACUAUUUUUGUCGACUUCAAAGACGUCAAACUCCCGCCAUAUAUCGAUCUCAACCCAAACGGCCGCCUCCCUACCAUCAUCGAUCCCAACAACGGAACUCAGCUUUGGGAGUCCGGAGCAAUUGUCCACUAUCUCAUUGAAACCUACGACCAUGAUCACAAGAUCAGUUACGAUAGCACCCCCGAGCGAUUCCUCACCCAACAGUGGCUUCACUUCCAGGCGUCUGGUCAAGGCCCAUACUAUGGCCAACUAGGCUGGUUCGUUCGCCAAACUGAGAACCAAAACGUUGCUAUUGAGCGUUAUACCAAUGAGGUUCGCAGGGUGACUGGAGUUCUGGAUAAAGCCCUCUCCGGACGACAGUGGCUGGUGGGAGACAAGUGUACUUUUGCGGACCUGGCUUUUGUGCCGUGGCAGAAUAUGGUCGGCAUGAUCAUUCAAGACAAAGAUGUGGAGCAGGAUUUUGCACGUUCAUUUUCCAAUGCCCAGGCAUGGAUGGAGCGCAUGAAGCAAAUGCCCGCGGUGAUCAAGGUCUUGCAAGAUAAAGACAACGCCAUGGCUGAGAUGAUGAAAACCAAUUAA